CCAUAUCAUCUGCAGAACAUGAUCGGAUCAGAUACUUUCUUUGGAUCCACUCCUUCGGGAAUGCACGUAGCAGCUCAAUACGUCUCCACGUGCCAACCGGCUUUCCCUGCGUCGUCCCCAGGAAAGAAGCGAUACUACCUUAAAUCUCCUAAGCAGAGUCCAACUCCGGCAUAUGCACCACUGGCCAUCCCCACUCCUUCGGCGUGCUCCCAAUGCCGGAGUCACCAACAUCGCCGGCCGCGAAGCCCCUCUCGCCUCCGGGGUCUCCACUCAACGCGCCCACGCCGUCCGCGGCUUCGGCGUUGCUGCGAGCCACGGUGCUGUUCCUCGCUUUCCUGGCCCUCCAGCUCGUGCUCUUCAAGUCCCUCCUGAGAUUCCCCAGCACGCGGUUCCUCCCGGCGCCGGGCCGCUGCAGCAGCACCUGGGCCAACGGCGCGGCCGACGUCGGCGCGUGCAAGGCCGGGCUCAUCUACGUCUACGACCUCCCGCCGGAGUUCAACCACGACCUGGUAACCCACUGCGGCCGCCUCUGGCCGUGGUACUCCUUCUGCCCGUACCUAACCAACGGCGGCUUCGGCCGGCCGUCCACCGAGUCCCCGGCUUUCUCCUCCCUCGUGCCCAACGCGUCGCUGCCCAACUGGUACAACACGGACCAGUUCCCACUCGAGGUUAUAAUCCACCGCCGCCUCCUCUCGCACCCGUGCCGCACCACGGACCCGUCUCUCGCCGCGGCUUUCUACGUGCCGUUCUACGCGGGGCUGGACGUCGGGAGCCACCUGUGGGGGCUCAACUCCACCGUGGCCGACCGCGACCGCGCCGGGACACGGCUCCUCGGCUGGCUCAGGAACCAGACGGCCUUCAAGAGCUCCGGCGGGUGGGAUCACUUCAUCACGCUAGGGCGCAUCACGUGGGACUUCCGCCGGUACGACGUCCACGGCUGGGGCACCAACUUCGUGCUCAUGCCGGGGAUGGAGAACGUGACCCGCCUCGUCAUCGAGGGCGACCGGCAGGACGCCAUGGACGUGGGCGUGCCGUACCCGACGGGGUUCCACCCGCGCGGGGCGCGCGACGUGCGCGCGUGGCAGCGGCACGUGCUGUCGCGCAACAGGACGAGGCUCUUCGGGUUCGCCGGCGCGGAGCGGUCCGGGUUCAGGGACGACUUCAGGAAGGUGCUGGUGGGGGAGUGCGAGGACGCCGGGCACGCGCACUGCCGGAGCGUCAACUGCCGGGGCACGAGGUGCAACAACGACACCGCGGAGGUGACGGGGCUGUUCCUGGAAUCCAAGUUCUGCCUGCAGCCGCGAGGGGACAGCUACACGCGCAGGUCGCUGUUCGACUGCAUGGUGGCCGGGGCCGUGCCGGUGCUCUUCUGGCGGAGGACGGCGUACGACCAGUACCGGUGGUUCCUGCCGGCCGGGGCGGGUGGCAAGGGCGGCAAGGAGAGGGAGUGGUCGGUGUUCAUGGACCGGCGGGCGCUGCAAGCGGGCAACGUGACCGUGCUGGAGGUCCUGCAGGGGUUCAGCGAGCAGCGGGUGCGGCGGAUGCGGGAGCGCGUCGUGGAGAUGAUCCCGAGGCUGGUGUACGCGUCGUCCGGCGGCCUCGGCGACGGCAUGGCGGACGCGUUCGACGUCGCGCUGAGCGGCGUGCUCAAGCGGUUCCGCCGGCGCCGGUGGAGCGUUGCGCGUGAAGGCCGGCCGCCUGGCCCUGUCGUCGAUCGGCGUGUCAACGGCACAUCGAUGGCGCCUCCUGUGUCCAACGGCAAAAAUUGGUCGGCGAUCCGUCGACGGCGCCGCCGCCGCUUCUCGCGGGAUAAAUCGAGGAGAGUGUCUUCGUCGCACAUAAAACCCGUCGUGCCCCAAGGAGAGGCAUCAGGACGCCAAAGUUUGCAGAUAUCUUGAUGACCAAGUGAAGAUGGCAUUAAUGCCUCUGUUUGACAAAAGGAAAUGCUUAACAGGCAUAUCUGAAGUUGUGAGAGAUCUCGAUCAGAUCACACGGCGCAAUCGGGGGGUCAGAUUUGCGAGAGGUGAUGUACUACUGGAGUCGUACGGCUGUUCAUACUGGGGUAAGUGUGGGAUGUGCUGGUGCUGCACUGCUGCUAGCUAGCCCAGGGUUUAAGAAAUGGUUAACUGUAUACUAGUUUACUACGGUCGAUGCAUCGGUGUUUAUUGCAGUUGACCAAGGGAUGGAUUCGUUGCAGGCUCUAGAAGGUGGCUCAUGAUCACCUGACUGACAGUGAUGUUAUUUUUAUACUUGCCUCAAAUUUGAGGAAAAAUAUACUACUGAUACAAUUUAAUUUU